AUGCCUUCUACAGAAACAGUUUAUAAUUCCUUAAGAAAUCCAAUGGACGUUAUGCCAUGCCAUCCAAAUAGCUUACCACUUAACAAAACAACUCCACCUGGAAGUAAAAUAUCAUUACUACCGCCUCAUUAUCGUGAAUCAAAUCCUACUACCGUUUCCAAUUAUUUAAAUGGAUGUCAUUUAAGAUCUCCAAUGAAUAAUCCUUCACUAAUUCGCUUAAAUUCUACUUUUAUCCCACCACAUCAGCAAUCUGGACAAUAUCAGGCUGACUUAAUAAGAACGCCACCUAGGCAUGAAUACUCACCAGGACAUAUACCCCUUGUAGCUGCUGGACUUCGUGUAACCAAUCCUAAUAUGACAAUGCCACCCUGGUUAGCCCAUAUCAAAGCCAAUGGUGCUAAUAUGGCGGCAGUGGCUAACGCCAAUAAUCCUCAUCAGCUUAAUCAAAAUCAAACUAGUAAUAAUGACAAUGUAUCAGUUCGUAAAAUUGAUCGUGAAAAAAUAUCAAAGCCCUCUACUACCCCAACUCCUCAUGAUACAGAAGACGGUAGCCAACAAGAAAAUAAAAUAGAAUCUGUCUCAAACACUGAUAGUGAUAAUAGCAGGCCAUCAUCAUCUUCGUCCAAUCAAGGCGAAAUCAAGAAUAGGAAGAGAAAAGCAGAAAGUCCGGUAGCUAAGAGUGUUUGGAGACCAUAUUAG